ACAUUGGCUUAUAAAGUUAGACAACAUUGGCUUAUAGAGUUAGACAACAUUGGCUUAUAAAGUUAGACAACAUUGGCUUAUGUAGCUUAGACAGCAUGGGAUGUACGGAUGCGGUAUAGACACACCCACGUCUUGUCACUGGUCGUGCAAAAAUUAGUUGGUGUUAUUUGCAGCCACAGUUUUGUAGACUUAUAAUUAUAUAUUAUUUUGAUUUAAAACCGUCAAUCAGUCUGAGAUCCAUAGAAAAGUCAUGACAUCUCCAAGAGCGAGUGUUGCUUGUGACCACUGCAGAGGCAGCAAGGUAAAAUGCUUGAAUUUUGAUACUUCCAAGUGUCAAAGAUGCCAUCAGCUUGCCCUUGAUUGUACUUAUACUUUGAAGAAAUCCCAAUUGAAACGUAAAAACCUUUCUCAUAAGUAUUUAACCAAAAUAGAUAGAGUUAUACUACCUCCAAAAUCAUUGAUAUUAGAAGUGGUGGAAAUUUUUUUCGAAAAUCAAUAUAAAAGCAUUUUCCCUUUUCUACAUAAACCUUCAUUUUUAUCAUUCAUACGCUCACCAGAGUUUGAUCCAUGUGCUUAUCUUGACUUAUAUGAGUCAAAGUUUUUCCAAGCUAAUUAUUGCCAGUCCUUCAAAUAUCCAGACCCGGUGGUAUUGAUAUCAAUUUUAGCUUUAACUUCAAGAUUACAUCCAAUAAUGAGUAAAAUAUAUGGAGGUUUUUCGGAAAUUGAUUCACCAAGCUCAUUUAUACCUAAAUAUUGGAAUUCCCAAUCACAAAAAUUUAACUUAAGCUAUUUGGAUAGUACUUUGAUAGAAGUAGAUUCUAGCAAAGCUUCUCAAGCUUCAAAUUACUUUGGCUGGCAUGCCAGAAAUCUAUUGAAAAAUGUGUUUGAUAGUCCAACAAUCCAAAGAGUUCAAGCGUUGGUUUUACUUAGUAGCCAUGAAUGGGGGGAAGGUAAUAACUCAAGAAGUUACUUGUACGUGGGAAUUGCUGCAAGAAUGGCUUUAGUUCUAGGGCUAGGAGACGAAAAAAAUUUGAAGCUUGAUGAAGGAUCGGUUGAAGAGUAUGACGAUUUUAUGAAAUUUAUUGCUACUGAAAGUAAAAGAAGAACUAUUUGGUCAGUUUAUAUGAUGGAUCGAUGCAACUCAAGCGGAAGAAAUCGUUCUUCUUGUGUCAAGUUAGAUGAUAUAAGAAUUAAACUUCCUUGUCAAGAAAAAGAUUUCACCUUUGGUAAUGAAAUUAACGAGUCUUUGACUUUUAAACAAGCCAACGAUUGUAUUCACGAUCCUCUCAAAAAAACUUCAUUGUCUAACUUAUCCACUUUUGCAUUUCAAAUUUUACUUUUUGAAAACUGGGCUUCAAUUGCAAAAUGGGUAGGUGAAACAAGUCGGAAAUCAGAUCAACCCCCCCCUUAUGAAUCGGAAUCUACUUUCCAUAAACUCUCAACUGAACUAGAUUUAUUUAAAUCGAAACUACCGAAUAAUUUGGUCUAUAAUAAAUUCAACCUCGAAGCUCAUAUAGCUGAUGGUUCCGGAACUAGUUUUGGCUAUUUCCAUUGCCUUCUUUUUCUAUGUCGUGUUUUUUUAAAUCGUGAGUAUAUUUUUUGCAACCCUGAUGCUUUACCCUUAGGUUGGUGGAAAGCAACGACUUUUGAUUUAUUGAAAUCUUUAAAAGAAAAGUUUGAACUUAUAAAUACCCUCCAUGGCAUAAAUAAAAUGGUUUUAGCUCCUUUUACCGGAUUCGAGGUUUUCACAUUAAGUGCUACUUGCUUCUAUUUUAAUACUUUCCCAAGUGAAGUACUACUGAAACAUUUACCUUUAACUGAUCGGUAUGAUGAUUUAGUGAAAGUAGAAGAUAUAAAAACUACCUUCCAGAAGAUUGGUGCUCAAUCAGUGGAGCUACUUACAACAUGGAAAAAUGCUUGGGGACUAGGUAGAGGCUGGUACUAUACUGCAAUUAAACUACAAAGUCUAUUUGAAUCAGUCAAUACAAAGGACACCGACAACUUACAAAAUGAAAACAUCCGUAAUACUCUCCAUGAUUACGGAAAUGGAGAGCUAGAUCCUAAGAACGCAGUUUCCGCUUUUAUAAAUUCUCCUGGUCUUGACUUUAUGAAUAAUUUUGAUUUAUCUAGUAUGUUCCCCGGCUGGACAGAUGCAAUGAAAAUAUAG